AUGUCCAUCGAAAAAAAGGACGAGAAGGACGGGCUGGAAAUAGCGAAGGUGGAUGAGAAGAAAGAAGAAAAGAAGGAGGAAAGUAAAAAGGAGGAAAAGAAGGAGAAGAGCAAACGGGAUGAUAAAAAGGAUAAAAAGGAAGAGAGAAGCAGACCGAAAGAGGAGAAAGGAGAGGAGAAGAAGGAGGAAAAGAAGAAGAAGAAGAGAGCGGGUGCCGUUUACAAUCAAAUGGACUGUCAGAGUCUCAUCUCUGAAGGAUCAUGUCUUUUGGGUAGAUUCGAUGUGGAUGGAAUCAUUGGUGGAGGAGGUUUUGCCCAGAUUUUCAAGUGAGUUCAUCAAGAGACUAUGCAAGGGGAAAUCAGCACUUGGCAGGGCCUAUGAUAAGGUUCGCAAAGAGGACUGCGCCAUCAAAGUGGAGCACGCAUCCCAGGACAUUCGCAGAAUGAAACUGGAGAUUACUGUGCUCCUGGCUCUGCGUGGAUGUGUAAGUACUUAGGUUUUCUCAAUUGACGAACCCUCCUUCCAGAUGGGAAUCCCGGAAAUUCUUGGACAAGGAAAGUGGCAAAACGGCGACAUCAAGUCUCAUUUCAUCGUGAUGCAACUGAUCGGCAAGAAUCUUUCCGAUGUCCGCAGAUCGCUUCCUCACAAAAAAAUCUCCGAACGGACGCUCUACAGAGCCAUGCUUCAAGUGCUCCGCUCCCUUUCUUUGCUUCACGGGGCCGGGUUUCUUCAUCGCGAUCUGAAGCCCUCCAAUUGUUGCAUCGGAGCGAUCGACUGCACUCGCAUCUACCUCAUCGAUUUCGGACUGACCCGUCAGUAUCUGGACAAGGGAGGAAUCGUUCGGAAGCCGCGAGGCGCCGUCGGGCUGCGUGGGACCAUCCGGUACAUGAGUCUGGAUGCUCACUCGCGCAGAGAUCUCGGCCCCAACAACGAUCUGGUCGCCUUCCUUUACACAACGGUCAGUUUUUUCUUCGAUUCUCAGGAGUUCCUCUUCAAAAACACUUUCAUAGAUUGAAUGCGGAGACGGUAAUCUUCCAUGGUCGUAUGUGAAGACGCAGGAUGAUAUCAUCAAGCUGAAGCAGACUCAUGUCGGAGAAAAACUGUGCAACAAGCAGCCGAAGAUGACGAAGGCAGCCGAGUACAUCGAGUCGCUCAACUACCACAAUAUCCCCGAUUACGAGAAGCUUUUCGCUCUGAUCGAAGAUUGCAAUCCGUCCGAUUUGAAAGAAGGAGAACCGUACGAUUGGCAGUACAGGUGAGAACGAAGAUCUUGAGCCAUACAAUAUCUGUUUCUAGGCCUCUUCUCGCGGCGACACCAGACAUCGAAACUCCGAAAGGAACGAAGGAAAAUGCGACGGAGAGAGGACCGGCACCUGUUGAUAUUGCAUAG